AUGUUGGGCCGUCGAGCAGAGAGUGUGGUAGCCAUGUCUCACGACCAAACGAAGAGAAUGCGAGGUCAAAGUCAUUCAACUGCAGUGCGCCAUGCUUGCCGUCCGUUAGCCACACCAGGUCAAGGCAUGUCUGCAUCAAUCAUUGCCACAGGCGUCGCGCGACACACUGGAGCAAAAAAAAAGGACUCGGCGUGCCGGGCUCACGCAGGAACGUCAGCCAUGAUGCAAGAGCAAGAGGCCUGCAUCGCCCUGCCAGCUGGAGCAGCCGGGCAGCGCCGUCUCCCAGUGGCUACGAAGACGGCCAGCGGCCCAUGGUGCGACAUGCUCGUGUGCGGCGAGCUGCACGUCGCCACCAGUACCGUUCUUUUUCCAUCCUACUGUGCCCACUGCCAGAGCCCUACGACGACAUGGAGGGUCGAGUGGGAUGGGGACGUGGAUGGGAUGGAUGGGCAUAUAGCCAGGCUUGCACUUACGGCCUGA